ACAAGUGUGUAGAUUUGUUAAAUGGUUUGCACGAAGAUAAACGGUUGAAAAUUGAUUUAGUUAGGUUACUUCUACAGUUGAAGUACGAUUGAUGAUUUGAAUCAUCGACUUUCAGGUUUUUCUUCGGGUUUAUUUUUUUCUCACGUCGCGCCCCCCCUGAAGAACUCUGGCGCCCCCCAGGGGGGGCGCGCCCCACAGUUUGAAAACCACUGAGCAUCCGGGCAAUUUUCAAAAUAAAACACAAUACUCAGCUCACGUAGCCUAUCACAACUUCACAGGUCAGCAGUCAAUCAAUCAAAGGGUCUCAGAGGGUCGGCAACAUGGACGACGAGAGACUCAUUGUCGAAGUUCAGCAACAUGAAGUCAUUUAUGUACCAAAUCAUCCAAUCAUCCAAGGACAAUGGCCGGAAGGACAAAGCGUGGCAUUUAAUUGCAGUAGUUUUGGGAGUGGAACACUCUCAAAAAUGAUGUGUUAAAUAAUUACACAUUUUUUGUGUUAUCACAAUUUUAACACAAUUUGUGUUAUUUUGUGUUGUUAAUGUGUUAUAUUACUGGAAUAUACUGCCCAACACAAAAUGUGUUAAAUUAUUGGCCAAUCCCUGGUGUCCUGGAUGAGCCGUUACCCUGAGAAGAGAAGUUAUUUUUCUCAGCACUUCAUUUUAUCUUGGCGCGCACUUGAAGAAGUUGGAAGGUGGCACUGGCACACAGUGGAUGUAAAUGUCUGAAUAAAAGGUAAGGUAGACCCAUGUCUUCAGACGUAUUUGUUAUGUUUAUUUUAAAGACUGUUGCAACUUGCAAUAUUGUAAAGGUUAAACGAUAAUAAACUAAAAUAAAGUCCAGCAUCGAUUGUUAGCCAAGUAGCUCUAGCAGCUAGGUUAUUGAUAAGCAAUCGUUAUGCUAGACUAGUCCAUGUUAAGUCAACCCUGACCUUACAUUAACACACUUUGAAAAACACUGCCAUACAUGUAGAAACUAAAAUAUUCUAACGUUAUGUCAACUCGUAUUACUAUGUGGGUAAAUCCGCAUUUUGGGUAAAGUUUUAGCUAUGGACAGCUAACGUUAGCAAGCUGACCACAUUGGUAUGUAUUUUAAGAUAGCUAAUUCAGCUAGCGAAUUCGGUGGAAAGCAGCUAGAAUGCUAACGCUAGAAGCUAUGAUUGCUAACAUUACAGGCGGGAAACCUUGCUUUGUUCGUGGGAACUGGUAUGACCUUGUAACAAGGUAUGAAAUGCUAGGGCUCAGGAUGUCAAAACUACAAACUACUAUCUACGUUACACAUUACGAUAAGUUACAACAAUAUCUAACGUACUAACUACUAUAAAUCAUGAUAACCACCGUUAUUGAUUUAAUUCACUUAACGUUAGUUGCAUAGAUAACGGUGACCGUUUUAUUCCGAACAAUCGGUGGUUACAAGCUUUAAGUGACAGUCAUAACAGACAUAGAACCUAAGGUCAGGUAACGUGAGUGUAGUCCUGUUUUUUAUAUGCCGUUAUAUCGUUAUUUCGUUAUUUCGGCUAUUUUAUCGCCGAUUUGAUCGCAAAUUGCGUUAUUUCCUCCCGCCCCGAGGGUCUCUAGCCCCUAUUACAGCCUUUGAAAGAUGGGAUAUUUCAGGGGAGGCGAUCGCUCCCUGUUUACAUCUGGAACAUUCGCGCGACACUUCCAAAAGGCGGACCUUUAUUAUUAUUUUCUCAAAAGGAGGACAAAUGAGUGUCCGGCUUAAGGCUGCUUCUGUAGCCGGACAGGGCAUUUAAAAGCCGGACUGUCCGGCCUAAAGCCGGACGAAUGGCCACCCUAGCUCCAGGACAUAACAUUAGAACAUGUUCUGUAUAAUCUACAAGUUAGCGAUGUUGAAUUAACUCAAUGCAUUUACCGCGCUGCCAAGGGAAAACACAUUUGUAUUCCGAACGUGACACUAACCUACAAGGAGACAUGGCGAUGCCGAAAUCGCUUGUUACCAUAUUUCUGGAUGACAAGGAAAUCAGCAAAAAAAUAUUUCAGCUGGAGUCUGUUGAAGAGAUAGUAGAUGACUGCAAAUCGAAUGCAACACUACUCCUUAACAGUGAACUCCUUGAAUGUGACAGAAUUCUCAAAUUCUCCCCUGAAUUUAAUGAAUUCAUUGAUAUAGACUGCCAUGACUUUGUUCAACACAUGGACAAGUUCCAGGUGUUUUUCAAGACACGUGAAGCAUCAAUGUUGGUAUGUAUCUUUGCAAUGAUAAUUCUUUAAUAUAACGAAUGAAACAAAGAAACAAGAAAAGUACCACUAUGAUUUGUAUAUUCUAAAUAACUACUACUGCCUUAGCAUAGACACAAUGACCAAUAUAUACAAGGGAUGUUUGAUAAUAAUAAUUUGUCUCUUGUAACAUUUUAAGACUGAACACUCGGAUGCAGUUGAAAUAGUCCCAACAAAUCAAAUCAGGGUAUCAUCUAUCAUCUAAUCAUCUAAUGCGAUAACAUAAUAUAACGAAUUAAACAAAGAAACAAGAAAAGUACCACUAUGAUUUGAAUAUUCUAAAUAACUACUACCGCUUUAGUAUAGACACAAUGACCAAUACAAGUGAUGUUUGAUAAUAAUAAUUGUCUCUUGUAACAUUUUAAGACUGAACAGUCGGAUGCAGUUGAAACAAAUCAAAUCAGGGUAUGUACACCAACUAAUGUGAUAACAUGAAAAAUACUAAUUGGAAAUAGAUAUUUAUGGGGCUUGCAACUUUGCAAACAAAAGUGUACUUAGAGCUACUAGAAUGUACAGUAUAGAACAAGAAUGGCUGGACAGGACAAAACAUGUGAUGUGAAGGUCAACACUCAAGUGAACAUCUUAGCUAUGUAGUAAAUAAGCAUUACUUGUCAUAAUUGUGUGACUGGUCUUUGGGAACUACUUCAUUCAUCCAGUAGUCAACAAAUGCAUGCAGUGAAUACUUUCUGUACUAAUGAACACUGAAAUCAUCAGAAAUGGUUCAUGUAUUAUGUGGAUUUUAUUUGUUUGUUUUCUUCCCAUCAACAGGAUCCCAUUGGUGUUGAAACUCUGAGAGCAGUUCUUGUGAGGAAAGGUGCAAGUGUUCUAGCAGAUUAUGAGGCCUCUGGAACACUCUCAGAGUCUUCAAGGAAACUCCUUGUUAAAAUCGCUGUCAGUGAGUUGAUUGAGAGGAAGGGAUUUUAUCCACAAAGUGAAGACAAAUCCAAGUUGGCCAGAUCUAUGGUAGCACUUUUCCCGUCACUCAAAAUCAAGAUGGGAGAGGAGAAUGAGGGAUUUGAACAUUUCUAUGACCCCAUAUCCCACAGUGGAUUCCUUGAGAUCCGACUCCGAAAUCUAAGGAGGAAUCUUCAAGAUGAUCAACGCCGUUAUCAGCGCAAGCGUGUCAAGUCCACUGAUAACCCUAGAGCGUCCAUUAGGGUGGAAAUGCCUGUAGAAGGGGAUGAUUCAGUCAACGAAUGGAUGACGGUUAUAAAAAGAAUGAGACCGUGUCAGGAAAACCUCAGCACCAUCAAAGAAGCCAUGGACAAAACCUAUGCUAGCCGAAGGUUGUGGAUUGCUGCUAGACAUCCAACGUUGGAGGAAUUUUUUGCAGAGUUUCCACGCUUUGUGGACAUGCCAUACAUGGUGAGUGCAUAUUGUGUUGGGACAAUGAAAAUAAUGAAAGUUGGAUGAGUUGUCUUUAAUCCCUCUGAUAUCAUUCUAAUUAUUCAAAUUACCUAUUUGUAAUAACAAUUGUAAAAUGAAGAUGAAAAUAAUGAAAGUUGGAUGAAUUGUCUUUAACCCAUCUGAUAUUAUUAUAAUUAUUCAAAUGACUGUAUUUUGUCCAUUUAUGUACCGUAUUUUCCGGACUAUACGUCGCUCCCGAGUAUUAGUCGCAUCAGUCAAAAAAUGCUCCAUGACGAGGAAAAAAACAUAUAUACGUCGCAUCGGUGUAUAAGUCGCAUUUAUUUUUAAACAUUUAAACAAGAACGUUUAGUCUGGAGAGACUGAAUAAAAUUGCAAUAGCAAUAUAGGUGUGUCGGUCCCACUCGUAGUUCUGAGAGUAUACCGAAUUCAGUGACACCGGGAUUCCACCGGACGGGUAUGCGCCGCGGUCCUAAACCUGAGCGCACGAUCGGGAGGUGGAAGUUGCGCUUUAGACACAAGUCCAGCGGAGGGCUCCAGUUUUCGCCGGCCAAGUCAUGCGCUGUGAUAUGUGUGACAGCUAUGUUGCACAACAUUGCAGCUAAGGCUGGGGUAGCUUUGGUUGAACCGGAGGACAUUGAGGACGAUGACGACGAGAAUAUAAUUUAUUCGGUGGUGCAGUAGGCUUGCAGCGUUCAGUUGUAGGCCUAAUGAAUGACGGUGCCAUCUUGCGGCCGAAGAUUAUGUACGCACAAUUUUGGCAUAUAAAUCGCUUCAAAAUAUAAGUCGCAGGGCAAGCCAAACUACAAAAAAACCGCGACUUAUAGUCCGGAAAAUACGGUAGUUUGACACAGAAUUUGGAAAGAUGUUUCCUGGAAAAGCUGACAUGUUCAUCCGAAAAUGGGAGGGAACCAUCAUCCCAAAGAUACUAAAAAUGUCCACAAGUGAACCUGCAGCUGCCUUGACACCAGUUCCUGAGGAUGAUGGUUGGAGGAAUUAUCUCUGUUAAGCUUUUGUGCUACAGUGAAUGAAUGCAUUUGAUUUUAACAAGAAAGUAAGAGUUUACUAAAUUGUGUUUGUUUUUAUAGUUUCAUGUUACAGAGCUCUUCAUAAGCUUGUCCAUCUGCUGCCCCCCACUGCAUCAGGCAGGGGCAAAGGGAACACCAAAUGCAGUGUGAAGUCAGCUUUGGGCUACCUUUUGGAUAUAAAGCCGACUGGAACCAGCAUUUCCAGUGUGCUGAACAAUCCUCCUGAUAGACCAGUAGAACAUCGCCAGCCCCACUUGGUGUGCAUUGGAGAUCCCUCCGCCUCCGCCCAAUACAUCAUUGUUGCAGAAAACGACAAACUUGCCAUUCCUCUUAAGGAUAACGGUUUGACCUGUGCCAUUGACAAACUUUUCAAAAUGAUUUGGGUGUGUAAUGUUGCAUAUCCUGUCCAGCUCACUUCUGUCUUUCAUUUCUUUGAGAGUCUUUAUGAAGUGCCCCUCUCUGGUGGGAAGAGAGCUAAAGUUGUGGAGCUCAUUGCAAAGCUCCAAACUAUGAUGUAGCCAGUUUUACAAACAUGUACUGUUGUCCCAGGUGUAAAAUUAAAGUGAAAGAUGUAAGAAAACUAAUCAAUCAUCUUAGACAUGUGCAUGCAUUAUCUGAUGGACAGGAUUACACAAUUAUUUGCGGUCAAAACCUUUGCCAACGGACAUACCAUAACUUUAAUUCAUAUGCCAGACAUCUCAGGAGAGACCAUCCUGAUACUCAAAGCUUAAAUACCAAUUUCACUGAGACUUUGCCGGACUUGUCACCACCAUCAUGCUCUAAUGCUGAUGAUUGUUCUGAAACUGAUAUGGACAUUUCAGAAGACAGAACUUAUAACUAUGAAAAGUGCGCGGCAGAAUUUGCUGCUAAAAUGUACUCAUCUUCCAACUGCACUCUUGCUGAUGUUCAAAGAAACAUGACAUGCUCUAAAGAGUUACUCGGCAGGGUAUUGGAUAGGUUGCAAGAAAAGACUGUAUCUGUACUUAAUAGUCAUGAUAUGCUUUGUAAUGAUCCAGAUGUCCAAAGUUUGAUGGAGGAAUUUGAAAGUGGGAGGAAUAUGUUUGAUGGAUUAGAUACCACCUACAAAAUGAACAAAUAUUUUUCAGAAAAUCUGUCUCUGGUGAAGCCAAAAGAAGUUUUCUUGGGAUAUCGAAGUGACACAGAACGAAAACAGGGUGUAUUAAAACAAGCUCUAAUAGCAGAUAAAUUUCAGUACAUAUCAAUUAUUGAUACCCUCAGGUUUCUAUUUGAAAAUGAACAAAUGCAGGAGCUUUGUUGUCAAACCAAUAAAAGUAGUGAUGCUAAAAUGUCUGAUUACUGUGAUGGUAUUCGAUUCAGAGAUAAUGAAUUCUACAACAAAUUUCCAAAAGCUUUACAAAUACAACUUUAUUUUGAUGAUUUAGAAACAACAAACCCUCUUGGGUCCAAAACCAAGGUGCAUAAAUUGGGUGCUGUGUAUUUUUGCCUCAGGAACAUACCUGCUCGUUUUAACUCUUCUCUUGAAAAUUUUCAUUUAUGUUUACUUUUCAAUUCCAUAGACAGGGAGGUUUAUGGGUUUAACUCAAUAUUCAAACCUUUGUUAGAGGAUUUAAACAUUCUUGAAACAAGAGGGGUGGAAGUACAGAUACAUGGGAAAAACUCUUUAUUACAUGGUACAUUAUGCUUAUUUACCGCAGAUAAUUUGGCCUGUCAUUCAGUGGGGGGUUUCCUUGAAGGUUUUUCAGCCAAUAGGUUCUGCCAUAUAUGCCUGGUGCAUAAACAAAAUGCCCAACAUAUAUUUAAUGAUGAUCUCGUAGAAUUACGUAAUAGAGACAAUUACAGUCAACAUGUUGAAUUUAACAAUCCUCCUUUAACCAGCAUUAAAGAAGACUCUUGUCUUAACUCUUUGAAUUUUUUUCAUAUCACUGAAAAUGUUUGUGGCGACGUGAUGCAUGACGUGUUGGAGGGAGUAGGCCCGCUGGAAUUGAAACUUAUGCUAAGACAUUUUGUAUAUGAUGAACAACUAUUCACAGAAGACCAGCUUAACAGCCGGAUAGCUGGCUUCGACUAUGGUUUAAACAAUAUGAAAAGCAAACCUAGUGCCAUUAUUCAUUUAAGAACAUCAGAGAAUCCCAUUAGGCAAAAUGCAAGUCAGAUGUGGUGUUUGUUGCUUUUUUUACCUUUCCUUAUUGGGGAUUUUAUUGAUGAGGGAAACAAACAUUGGCAAUUAUUUCUUUUACUUAGGCAGAUUUGUGAUAUAAUAUUAGCACCUGUUGCAACAAAAGGAUUAGCGAUGUUGUUGAAGCAGUUAGUCAUUGAUCACCACACUUUGUUCAAGAGUCUAUAUGACAGGCCUCUGAUACCGAAGCACCAUUUCAUGACGCAUUAUUGGCGAAUGAUGGUGUAUUUUGGACCACUUGGUAAACUUUGGUGCAUGCGCUUUGAAGGUAAGCAUGCUCCACUAAAACGGCAGGCCCAGGUUGUGUGUAAUUUUAUUAAUGUCUCAAAAACAUUAGCCUUCAAGCAUCAGGUACUGAUGCUUGAAGGCUAAUGCAAUGUUUAACUGGAAAUUGGGUAGUCCUCUUAAAGAUAAAAUGACUGUGGCAAACAGUUUUCCAGUCUUACUUGGUUCAUUAAAAGAAGAUGUCUGCUUAAUUGAUAACCUAAAGGCGAUUGGUCGUGAUGUUGGACAAUGCAGCUCUGUUCAUGUUGCACACUCUGUGACUGUGUUUGGUCAGAGAUAUCAAACAACUUGUAUAUUACCCCUUAACCGCAAUGAAAAUGGGGAGCUGGUUUUUGGAGAAGUAAUGCACAUUUUACCAGAAAGUGAAAAUCUAAAUGUUCUGUUUUUCUUAAGAAUACUUGUUCCAAAGUUUUUCCAUAACC